AUGAACAGUGACAUCACUACACUAGAACUACAGUCAGACAUGAACAGUGACAUCACUACACUAGAACUACAGUCAGACCUGAACAGUGACAUCACUACACUAGAACUACAGUCAGACAUGAACAGUGACAUCACUACACUAGAACUACAGUCAGACAUGAACAGUGACAUCACUACACUAGAACUACAGUCAGACAUGAACAGUGACAUCACUACACUAGAACUACAGUCAGACAUGAACAGUGACAUCACUACACUAGAACUACAGUCAGACCUGAACAGUGACAUCACUACACUAGAACUACAGUCAGACAUGAACAGUGACAUCACUACACUAGAACUACAGUCAGACCUGAACAGUGACAUCACUACACUAGAACUACAGUCAGACCUGAACAGUGACAUUGAGUUUUAG